UUCCAACUUCAAUAAAUUCUGCCAGCUUGAAUUUGUGAUUUAAGUUCCUGAUACUUCAGAGAUGUAUUGUCAUGAUUCUUGGGUUCUUGGUUUUCUUCUUCUUUUCCACUCGUAAAUGAAUCUCCUUGCAUUGAUUAAAUUUCAUAAACCAAGGUGUUUUUGUAUUGAGAAUCUUGGUUUAUGUCGUCCUGUUCUAAGCUUUGGGUGGUGUUGCUGUUCUCAGCCAUUAACUAUAGGUACCCAAAACCUUUGAUUGCUGGAGAUGGCCAGUGGGAGCAACAUAGAUAUGCUGCCAAUCCUGGAUGAUCGUCUACAAGACUCCAAUGUGAGUUUGGAGCAACGAUUACAGAGUGAACUAAACCUCAUGCUUCGGGCUCAGCGGAAUAAUCAACGCAUGGUUGAUCGAGAGAGGGAUCUUAAUAUGUAUAGGAGCGGGAGUGCACCACCGACAGUUGAGGGAUCGUUACGUGCUGUGGGGAGUCUUUUUCAGAACUCCAAUAUUAAUGGCAUUAAUAAUAAUGGUUUUGGCAAUAGUAGCAGCACUAGUAAUAAUGCGCUGAUGACAGAAGAUGAAAUCAGGUUGCACCCAGCAUAUCUUUCAUAUUAUUAUUCUAAUGAUAACAUAAAUCCUAGACUACCACCUCCCUUGUUAUCGAAAGAGGAUUGGCGUGCUGCACAACGGUUUCAGGCUGCCGGGUCUUCCUUUGGAGGCAUUGGAGACCUGAGGAAGAACAAUCUGGUUGGUGAUGGGGAUAGUUCAUCUUUGUUCUCUAUGCAGCCAGGACUUUCUGCACAGAAUGCUGAGAAGGAAUUAAUGGAACUAAGAAAUGCUAAUAGAACCAAUUUCAGCAGACAAACUGCGGGUGUAUGGCCAGACAACAACUCAGAUGGUCUAACUGGAUUGCAGGGCUCUGGGAUUGGGACAAGGAGGAAAAGCUUUGCUGACAUUCUGCAGGAAGGACUCGAUCAGUCUCCUUCCAUGUCAGGCCAUUUGUCACGACCUGCAAGUCAUAGUGCUUUUGGUGAUCUUGUCAAUACAACUGUGUUAUCUGAUCCCAUUGCAGCUGGGUUGACAAAUGGAAUGGAGUCAAUAGACCGUAGGAAAGCAGGAACACCUCCUCCUGGAUUUGGCGGGCUUCAAAGCCCUGGUACUAGUGUUUCUCCUUCUUUUGCAUCUGCCGUGGGUGCAUCAUUAUCAAGAAGCACAACCCCUGAACAGAGGCUGUUGGGUGGGAGACCCCCUACUCCCGGUCUUCCUCCUGCUGGAAACAGAGUUAGCCCGGUUGAGAAGAAUAUUUCUGCUGUUGGUUCAAGUGUACCGAAUGGCCAUUCGACUGGCUUGAGUGAUUUAGGUGAAAUUACAGCUGCACUAUCUGGUUUAGGGCUCUCACAUUCUAGACAUACAGAUCAAGAUAGUGUUUUACAAGGCCGGACUCAACUUGAUAGGCAAGCUGGAGAUAUGUCCAAUGGUCAAAAUCGAAGUUUACAGCAUUCUGAGAAUUUCCCAUUAUCUUCUGAUUAUAUUAAUAUGGCUAGUAAAAUAGGAGUCCUCUCGAAUUUCGAUGGUUCUUUUGUUAACUCGAAUGGAGAAGUUCGCAUUCCUAAAAGAACUUCUUCCUCUGCAAAUCUUCACUCGACCGUAAGUUCCUCAGGCCUUGGAAGCUUGGAAGGUGCAGAUUUUCGAUAUCAAAAUAUGAAUAUUCCAAGUUCAGCGCUAGAUGGUAGUACAAUUGCACAAAGUUUGAAUAGACUGGGGAAUCAAGUAGGGUCUGAUCUUCAUUCUCCCUCUACGGAUCUUCAUUAUGCUCAGUACAUGCGUAGAUCACCGGAUUAUUCAAACCAUACAUCAGCUGGUUCAAGUGGUCCUCAGUUUAGAAAUUAUUUAGGCAAGUCACAUGGAGACCUUAAUGAUAUUCAGAGAGCAUACCUUGAGCUGAUGCUUGCUCAACAGCAGCAAGAAUAUGAUCUGCCACUUUCUCGUAAGGCUGGCACUUUGAAUCAAGCAUACUAUAGGAAUCCAUCAUACGGUCUUGGGGUACCAUAUCCUGCAAACUCAAUGGGGAAUUCUGUGCUUCCUUCUGUUGCAUCAGGAAAUCUUCAUAAUGAGCGAGUUGCACACUUUGCUUCCAUGAUGAGAAGCUCAAUGGGAGGUUCUAUUGGCUCAUGGCAUUCUGAUAUUGGUGGGACUGGUGAAAGAAGAUACGGCUCAUCUUUACUUGACGAGUUUAAGAGCAACAAGACCAGGUCCUUUGAACUCUUAGAUAUUGUGGGUCACGUUGUUGAAUUCAGUACGGAUCAGUAUGGCAGUCGGUUUAUUCAGCAGAAACUAGAAACUGCUACAAGUGAAGAGAAGGACAAGAUAUUUCCUGAGAUCAUCCCUCAUGCUCGUACCUUAAUGACGGAUGUCUUCGGGAAUUAUGUUAUUCAGAAAUUCUUUGAGCAUGGAACUGAAGGCCAAAGGAUGGAGUUGGCUAACAAGCUCACUGGUCAUGUCUUACCUCUCAGCCUCCAGAUGUAUGGAUGCAGGGUAAUCCAGAAGGCAUUGGAAGUGGUCGACAUGGGUCGGCAGACUGAAAUGGUGGCCGAGCUUGAUGGUUCAGUCAUGAAAUGUGUUCGUGAUCAGAAUGGUAAUCAUGUUAUCCAGAAGUGUAUAGAAUGUGUCGCUGAAGACAAAAUUCAGUUUAUCAUCUCCUCGUUUUAUGGACAAGUUGUGGCGCUUUCAACUCAUCCUUACGGCUGUCGUGUGAUUCAGCGGGUACUAGAGCACUGUAAGGACGAGAAUACACAGCAAGUUAUUAUGGACGAAGUCAUGCAAUCAGUAUGCACCUUAGCACAAGAUCAAUAUGGAAAUUAUGUUAUUCAGCACGUCCUUGAACAUGGUAAACCACACGAAAGAUCAGCCAUCAUCAACAAGCUUGCAGGACAAAUUGUGAAAAUGAGUCAACAGAAAUUUGCUUCCAACGUAGUGGAAAAGUGCUUAACUUUUGGUGGUCCCGAGGAGCGCCAAAUUUUGGUGAAUGAGAUGCUUGGUUCAACCGAUGAAAACGAGCCUUUGCAGGCCAUGAUGAAAGACCCAUUUGGGAACUACGUUGUCCAAAAGGUUCUGGAGACGUGUGAUGAUCAGAGCCUCGAGUUAAUCCUUUCUCGAAUCAAGGUCCAUUUGAACGCCUUGAAGAGGUACACAUAUGGAAAGCACAUUGUUUCCCGUGUUGAGAAGCUCAUCACAACUGGAGAGAGGCGCAUAGGAUUAUCAGCCUCGGUCUCCACAUAACAACUCGCUGGGGGAAUCUAGAGAAGGCAAAAAAAUAACAAUAAUUCUUCACCACCAACACUGCUUAAAUAAGAUCGGAGAACUGGAAGGCACAGCACAUCUGUACAGUACAGCAGCUAACACGGGAAGUGAUCGAUUUUUCUCGAUAUCGCAUAUAUCAUCAUCGUCGUCGUCAUAUAUAUAGCAUCAUUAUGUUGGUAAUUUUUCUUCUGCAUAGAAGACAUUUGUAAAUAAGAGAGAUAACAGUUUUUAGCAGGGGCUCGGCAGAAUAAGAAUCAAGGAUGCCUUUCCAUUGGAAAUAAUUUUUACAGUGUAUAUUCUUGAGCUCCUGAAGCAGAGAAUGUUGAAUUUAUGAUUUGAGACAGAGAGCUUGAGAAAUGGGAGAGAGAUGCAGGGACUUCUCAAUAGGUAUAUAGUGAGUGAGUCAUCCCCCAGUUCUGUUUACAAAUAAUGUAGAAAUGAAGACCCUAGUCUUUUUGAGUGUAAAGAAGGGAGGAAGGAGGAGGUGAAGGAAUGUAGUUUCUUUUGGCCUGGUGGAGUGGAAAGAAAUGUUCAUUCUAUUUAUGAUAGUUUGAGGCAGCAUUUGUUUCAAGGUAGGGUUAUUUUAUGUUGUUCCCCCUUCAUUUCAUCAUUUAAGGUUAUG